AUGGCUGACUCCAACGGAAGCUCAUUUGUUGCUCAGGAGCCUGUGAAUGCCUCCAUCAGAUGGAACGCCUCUGCAAAGCCUUCCCACCGGGAAAUCCCUGUUGUGCACUGGGUCAUCCUGAGCAUCUCCCCACUGGGGUUUGUGGAGAAUGGACUUCUACUCUGGUUCCUCUGCUUUCGGAUGAGAAGAAACCCCUUCACAGUCUACAUCACCCACUUGUCUGUUGCAGACAUCUCAUUGCUCUUUUGUAUUUUUAUUCUGUCUGUUGACUAUGCUCUUGACUAUGAGCUAUCUUCUGGUUAUUACUACACAAUCGUCACUUUAUCAGUGACUUUUUUGUUUGGCUACAACACAGGCCUCUAUCUGCUGACAGCCAUAAGUGUGGAGAGGUGCCUGUCGGUCCUGUACCCCAUCUGGUACCGGUGCCACCGUCCCAAGCACCAGUCAGCAUUUGUCUGUGCCCUUCUGUGGGCACUUUCUUGCUUAGUGACCACCAUGGAAUAUGUCAUAUGUAUCGACAGUGGAGGACAGGGCCAUCCUCGAAGUGACUGUAGAGCAGUGAUCAUCUUCAUCGCCAUCCUGAGCUUCCUGGUCUUCACUCCACUCAUGGUGGUUUCCAGCGCCAUCUUGGUAGUUAAGAUCCGAAAGAACGCACGGGCCUCCCACUCCUCGAAGCUGUACCUGGUCAUCACAGUCACCAUCAUCAUUUUCCUCAUUUUUGCCAUGCCCAUGAGGCUCCUUUACCUGCUCUACUAUGAGUAUUGGUCAACAUUUGGGAACCUGCACCACAUUUCGCUUCUCUUCUCCACCAUCAAUAGCAGCGCCAACCCUUUCAUUUACUUCUUUGUGGGCAGCAGUAAGAAGAAGCGGUUCAAGGAGUCCUUAAAAGUGGUUCUCACCCGGGCUUUCAAAGAUGAAAUGCAACCAAGGCGUCCAGAAGACAGUGGCAAUGCCAUCACCAUUGAGACUGUUGUCUGA